AUGUUUGACGAGGCCUUUACCUUUGACGUUGCGCGUUCGCCGUCUGUCGACUCCAACAACACAUCCUCUACAACCCGAGACACUUCGAGAUCUGUCUCACCAUGUUCGCCAACAGGGCCAUUUCCUCCUCCGACAUAUUCCGUAACCGACCUGGCUGCGUGUUUCGCCAAUUCGAAGAUGAUACGGAGAGAAGCCCAAAUAUGUUAUGAUGCAUGCGAUUCAUAUGCGAAUUCGGACGACGACGCUGGCUGGCAAAUACCCACAGAAGAUGCUAUUUACACUACCGCAACACGAUCACGGACUCUCCCACAACUACAACAACGAUCACAUUCGCGGACGCAGAGACAGGCCAGCGCAAGGUUGCUGUGCAGCACUUCACAUCACAAAGACAUUGCAUCGUUGGUGUCGAAGAUGGUGGAGAGUAAAGAGCAGUGUUCAGUAACGGCAUCUGCUGAUUCUCAUGCUCUGAGCAUCGAGGGGGAUGGGGGAUUGGCAUGCGAUGAGGGAUACGACAGCAGCGACGCAAAGUCGCGACGAUCGUCUUUGGCUGUACCGAGGACACGAUUGGACUACAGGAGAUCUUCCGAUUUGAAGACAACGGGUGCUUGUGUGAAUAAGGCUGUGCGAUUUCGCAACAAACAACAGAAGCGGAUACGAGGCUCGGAGAACGAGUCAUGA